UGCGCUGGAUCCGCCGGCUGCGGACGAAGCGCGGGGAGCGGCGGGGUCCCGGGACACAGCGGUGAGAGCCGGGCUUGUCCCGGCGGGGCAGCGUUGUCUGCCCCUGCAGCUCUGGAGUCUCCUCGUCCCCUCGGAGAAGCGAGGGGCAGAGCGGGAGCGGACGGCGAAAGAUGCUGUGCGUCACGGUAGCCUUUCACUUGCUGCUGAUGCUGGUGCUGUGCAGCCAGGGCAUAGAGAGGUGUCCUUCAGACUUCUGCGAGUGCUCCGACUGGGAGGACUACAAAAUCACUUGCAGGGACAUCUACUUCAUUCCCAGCCUUCCGGAGGAUACCCAGACCCUGAGGUUUAUGGAGACUCAUCUAAGAACAAUUCCAAGAGAUGCUUUUUCCAAUCUCCCCAACAUCUCUAGGAUUUACAUCUCUAUAGAUGAAACACUUCACAGUCUGGAGGCCCAUUCCUUCAACAGUUUAAGCAAAGUCACUCACAUUGAAAUUCGAAAUCUUAGAAACUUGGAUUACAUAGAUCCAGAUGCCUUUAAGAACCUCCCACUUUUGAAAUAUCUUGGUAUUUUUAAUACUGGACUCAGAGUAUUUCCAGACCUCAACAAAAUCUAUUCAUUUGAUGUGAAUUUUUUGCUUGAAAUUGCAGAUAAUCCUUAUAUGACUUCAGUGCCUGCAAAUGCCUUCCAUGGGCUUUGUAAUGAAUCUCUAACCCUUAAACUCUACAAUAAUGGUUUUACCAGUAUUCAAGGCCAUGCUUUUAAUGGGACAAAUCUGGAUGCGAUCUAUCUGCACAAGAACAAAUACCUUGAAGUUAUCAAUGAUGAUGCAUUUCUGGGAGUGCACAGUGGACCAACUCUACUGGACAUCUCCAGAACAGCUGUUGCCAACCUUCCAGCCAAAGGAUUGGAAAGUGUAAAAGAACUAAUGGCAAAAAAUACGUGGGCUUUAAAGAAAUUACCAGCUGUAAAGGUAUUUCUUCAGCUAAUGCGGGCUGACCUAUCAUAUCCAAGUCACUGCUGUGCUUUCAAGAGCUGGAAAAAAAAAAGUGGGAUCCUGGAGUACCUGAUGUGUAACCAGAGCAGCCACAGCUUUCAUAAGAGAUCAGUCAAGGCUAUCAGAGACCCGUUUUACAAAGAUUAUGCAGAAGAAUACACAGACCACACCGAUGCUGUGUAUGACACAAACACCAAGUUCACAAAUUUUCAUGAAAAUUCCCAUUAUUACAUUUUUUUGGAAGACCGUGGAGAAGGAAAUUUUGGCUUUGGCAAAGAGCUCAAGAACCCCCAAACAGAGAAUGUCCAGACCUUUGACAGUCAUUAUGACUAUCCUGCCUGUGGAGGCAAUGAAGACGUAGUAUGCACGCCAGAGCCUGAUGAGUUUAAUCCGUGUGAGGAUAUAAUGGGAUAUCAGUUUCUGAGGAUUGUGGUGUGGUUUGUGAACCUGCUUGCCAUCCUAGGCAACAUUUUUGUCCUUUUCAUCCUUCUCACCAGUCAUUAUAAACUGACUGUACCUCGCUUUUUGAUGUGUAACUUGGCCUUUGCUGACUUCUGCAUGGGGUUAUACCUCCUUCUGAUUGCUUCAGUGGAUCUCCACACCAGGUCAGAGUACUAUAACCAUGCCAUAGAGUGGCAGACUGGGCCUGGCUGCAACACAGCCGGGUUUUUCACGGUCUUUGCCAGUGAACUCUCUGUGUACACCCUGACUGUGAUCACUCUGGAGCGCUGGUACGCCAUCACCUUCGCCAUGCGCCCCGACCGGAAGAUUCGUCUCCGUCAUGCCGUGCUCAUCAUGCUGGGAGGGUGGCUCUCCUGCAUCCUGCUUGCCCUUUUGCCACUGGUUGGUGUCAGCAGCUACAGCAAAGUCAGCAUCUGCUUGCCUAUGGACACUGAAACACCAGUGGCUGAAGCCUACAUUGUCUUCGUUUUAAUAUGUAACAUUAUUGCUUUUGUCAUCAUUUGUGCCUGCUACAUAAAAAUCUACGUAACUGUGCGAAACCCCCAGUACAAGUCAGGGGACAAAGACACCAAAAUUGCCAAGCGGAUGGCUGUGUUGAUUUUCACGGACUUUCUGUGCAUGGCUCCCAUCUCUUUCCAUGCUUUAUCUGCCAUUAUGAACAAACCACUGAUAACUGUCUCCAAUUCCAAGAUUUUGCUGGUACUUUUCUACCCACUCAAUUCUUGUGCCAACCCCUUUCUUUACGCUAUUUUCACCAAAGCUUUCCGUAGAGAUGUGUUUAUCCUGCUAAGCAAGUUUGGGAUAUGUGAGCAUCAGGCUCAAGUCUACAGAGGUCAGACAGUCUCAGCCAAAAACAGCAGUGGGUCUUACGGGCAGAAAAUCAGCCGAGGGAUAGGUCAGAUUCUCACAAGCAUUCAAGACCCAGUCAGUGAUUAUCUUCCUGCUGUGACAAUGCAGAACCAAAUUCUCAUGGAAGAAUGCAAGCAAACUGAGCUAUAACAUCCCAAAGUAUCGCAGCCAAAAUCUGGUCAAGGGGUGAUUGUGCAUACAGUGAAUCAAAUGAGAAGAUAACCUUGUCCAUAUCCUUUUUCCCCAGAAUAUGCUUAGCUGAAAGUAACUCCAGAGUGGUCUUCUUUUGGACAAACCACUUAUUUGAACCUCUUAUCAGUGCAGGGCAAAACAUACGGUCCUGAUGAUAAUUCUAGAGGUAGAUGUGAAUGCUCUGCCUAAAUAGGAAAAUUUAUAUCUAUAAACUGAGCAAAUAUAAAAUACACCCUAAUCUAAAGCAAAAUGUAAGAAGCAGGAGACCAACAAUAAGACUUUGGGGUUCUUAUAUGACUAAAAAAAAAGGACAAAGUUUGAUAAUUAAAAUCAUAUAAAAAUAAAAAAAAGGUUAAAGUUCUCAAACACCUACAUGUCAGAAGGUUCAGUUAUUUUUCUAAUAGCAAAUUUCUGAAACUUCCACCAGGCCUAAACUGGAACAGAUUUUUUCUCAUUCUGUCAUCCUGACCUAAAACAAAUCUAGUCUUUUGUUUGCUGUUCUUGGUUUAGUUCAGUGAGGUGGGAAAAGAAGCUUCUUCUUCAUACUGCUUUUAUUUUGGUAGAAGGAAAAUUAUCACUGAUUUUGCAGCUGUUCAUAGGAUAACAGGUAAGAAACAUUAGGGCAUUUGUGUCCCUCACUAUCACUCUCUCACUUUUUGAUAAACCUAUUUAGGAGCUGGUUUAUUUUAAUUUGCUUUGAAGACCAGGCUACCCAGUCAAGUUAAUGACGGUUGUUUGGGGUUUUUUUGGAUGACUGAUCCAGUUUUUACCAUAGUCCAAUGCUGUUUAAUCUGAGCAUGCUUAUUGCUCCGAACACCCUAUAACUCCUGUUUUCUUACCACUACUGCUGUCCCUACUUACCUCACUCUUACAGGGUAGAACUGUCCUUUUAGCACUUUCUAUGUUGAGCUGCCUCAAACCUAGACUUAGACCAAGGGAGUAGAUCAUGCCUUUAGGUUACAGUUUACUGCAUUGAAGGCUGACUUUUAGCUCCUCCAACAUGUUUUAAGAACAUCUCUCUAUCUUGUAGUGAGAUCUGUUACCUGACCUUUGUAACAUUUGUAGUACAACUACAAGAAUCACAUAGUUACCUUCUGGCUGGCCACAGCAUGGCUGUAAUUGGGACAUAUACUCUCCACAAUGUGCUUAAGGAAAUCCAUGCUCAGACACAAGGAACAACCCUCAGUCUAAAGCACUAAAGCAUCCUUCUACCAUACCUGCUGCUAGAUGGGGUCAGGCUUGGCUGUGCUCAGCCCAUUCAUAUACCACAAACAAAUGAAUGGAGGCCUGGCUCUCUACACCUCCUGCAGACAUCAGGACUCGGGGUAGGAGCUGCUCUGCACCAGCUGCAUUGUUAACACCUGAGUGGCCUGAGUGCCUGGCUUUACUGGCAGGAUCACACCUGUUCCCAGCCAACUCCACAGACUGGCUCUGCAGAACUGCUACCAAGGUUACCAUGGAUCACUCAUCUAUUUGAAAGCCUUGGCAUAAGAAUGGAAAAUAUUGUGUGAAUAUUCGCCCUCAGGUAGGUAUUUUUAAAUUUGUUUUGUAAUAUCUAUGCUGGUUUUCAUGGAAUUAUAGAUUAAUGAUUAACUAUAAUUAAAUUAAUCAGACAAUAGUCCGGUCUUAUGUAAUCUAGGCUAGUAGUGUCCAAGAAAACAUAAUGAUAGAGCCCUUAGAACUGCUGGCUACUACAGCUGGAAAACUGAGUGAUUGCAAAUGCCAUGUACAUACUCUAUUAGAGUCUGUAUUUUCCAAAUAUUUAAAACUCAAUUUGAUUCUGUAUUUCUGAAUAUAAAUGAAGGCUGCUUCAGUGAGCAAAAGCAAGGGCCUAGAUUCAUGAAUUCCAUGAGAUGGUCUUACACAAAAUAAAUACUCUAUCAUCGUUAAAGCCAUUUAAAAAAACCUACAAUAUUGCAUUAUAGAUUAAUUUAGCUGCUUAUUUUGAGGGAGAGGCAUGUUUCCAUUUUAGGUUGAUUCUCAGCAAACUCUAAAAGCAAAACUGCUGAAACUCAUGCGAAUAAUAAUUUAUGACCUCCUCUUCUGUAAUCUGGACUCGUUCGGUGUUACAUCAGAAACAAAGACAGCUUCUUAAGUGUACAGAUCAGCAAAAUUCCCUACUCUUGAAACAGCUGUGUUUGUAAUGAUCUGGCCAUGUCCGAGAGUCCCAUACAAACAUGGGACUUUUGAGAUGCAACACCCUCCAGCCAGGUUCUGCCACCCUUCUGAUACUGGCAUAACCAUUAAAGGGAGAAAAAGUU